AUGGCAGUAAUAAAAAUCGCUGACGAACCUUUAUCAUCCUCCUUGAAGAAGAAGAGUGCGCGUCCCAGCUCUGAUUUGAAAAAGACCAAAUCCUGCGACUGUAACGCCUGCCUUAAAAGAACAAUCCGAGUAAUUAUGAUGUGUUUGCUUGUUACUCAUACUAUUUGGGACUUUAUAGAAACUCUCACCGCAAUGACGAUAGACUUUACCGUGAACCACGAACAAGGCAGAGAUGGAUUCACACUCCUCGAGAAUCUCAGAAUAAUUGAAAUCACGGAAUGGGAACAUCGAAGUUGGGAACUUCCUGGGGAAAUAGAGUUUCACGAUAAGGGGAAUAAAGAAGAUGCCAAAAUGCUCGCUACUAGGGUCAAACUCAUAGCGAAAUGCAGUAAGCUUAAAAUAACUGCGGAAAAUAAUCACACACAAUGUAACAACGCGUCCAAGGAGUUCCAAGAAGAUAACUAUUUUUGUGCAGGUUAG